GGCAGCGGCGCAGGCGCGGCGGUGGCCGCGGGAUCCCAGCAGGCGCGAGGGCGGUGGGACGCGGUGCGGGCCCAGCAUGUCGGAGAAGAAGCAGCCGGUGGACCUAGGACUCCUGGAGGAGGACGACGAGUUUGAGGAGUUCCCGGCUGAAGAUUGGACUGGUUUAGAUGAAGAUGAAGAUGCACAUGUCUGGGAAGACAAUUGGGAUGAUGACAAUGUAGAAGAUGAUUUCUCCAAUCAGUUAAGAGCUGAAUUAGAAAAACAUGGAUACAAGAUGGAAACAUCAUAGUUUUUGCAGAAAAUGGAGUGGUUUAACACUGAACUGUGGAUAGACUUUAUUGAGAAAAGAAGAAAAAAUGGAAAGUGAGAAGACACACUUAGUUCAUUAUCUGCUUGGAUUUAUUAUUGUUUUGUAUAAAAAAUAAAGUUUUUAAUCUUAGCCUAGUCAUACAUUCAGCCUCUACUCACCUGGUACCUUGUAUUUUGGUUCUGAAAUUACUUGUGUGGCGGAAUUCAUGGACCUGCCUGGAAUGCCUCUAAUGGUCUGUCAGUGGCUGAUGCUCUUGCACCUGUCCUGGGGAGCUAAACAGGUGUAACCAGAAUGAAGACUAAUGAAUGUUGCUGUCACAGGAAAUAAAAUACUUGUGUGUUCCAA